GCGAGCUGACGUCAUCGUGCAGCGCCUCGCCGGACUUGUGAGGAGAGGUGGCGCCGCGCGGCUCCCGCGCCCCCUUCUCCCGGGCCGGCGAGAGGCGUCUAUGGGGCCGCCGCUGAGGCUUGACUCUAUGGCGAGGACUAGGCGGAGGAGCACGACGACCGCAUCGGCACCAGCGGAGGUACAAAAAUAAAGGAUAAGAAAACUUAUUUUGUAAAACGACUCUUCAAUCAAGUGUAAUAUUUUGAUGCUUGUUGGCAUCUAAACCCUUCGUGUUCCCACUAUGCCAGCAGCGACCGUAGAUCAUAGCCAAAGAAUUUGUGAAGUUUGGGCUUGCAACCUGGAUGACGAGAUGAAGAAAAUUCGUCAAGUUAUACGGAAGUAUAAUUAUGUUGCCAUGGACACCGAGUUUCCAGGUGUGGUUGCAAGACCCAUCGGAGAAUUCAGAAGUAACGCUGACUAUCAGUACCAGCUGUUGAGAUGUAACGUAGACUUGCUAAAGAUAAUUCAGCUUGGAUUAACAUUUAUGAAUGAGCAAGGAGAAUACCCUCCGGGAACUUCAACAUGGCAGUUCAACUUCAAGUUUAAUUUAACGGAGGACAUGUAUGCUCAGGACUCCAUAGAGCUCCUAACGACCUCGGGAAUCCAGUUUAAAAAGCAUGAGGAAGAAGGGAUCGAGACACAGUAUUUUGCAGAACUCCUCAUGACGUCGGGCGUUGUUCUGUGUGAGGGGGUCAAGUGGCUUUCAUUUCACAGUGGUUAUGACUUUGGCUAUUUAAUCAAAAUCCUGACCAACUCGAACUUGCCUGAAGAAGAGCUGGACUUCUUUGAGAUCCUCCGACUGUUCUUUCCGGUUAUCUAUGAUGUCAAGUACCUCAUGAAGAGCUGCAAGAACCUCAAGGGCGGCCUGCAGGAAGUGGCUGAGCAGCUGGAGUUGGAGCGGAUAGGACCACAGCACCAGGCAGGAUCCGAUUCGCUACUGACGGGAAUGGCCUUUUUCAAAAUGAGAGAAAUGUUCUUUGAAGAUCACAUCGAUGAUGCCAAGUAUUGUGGGCACUUGUACGGCCUUGGUUCGGGCUCCUCCUAUGUGCAGAAUGGUACGGGGAAUGCGUAUGAAGAGGAGGCCAGCAAGCAGUCAUGACAUGAGAUGGAUGGACAGCAGGCCUCGGUGUUGGGAGCUCCACAUGUGCUUGUAUAUAGGUUUUAUCUCCAGUUAAAUCCCUUGGACAGUAGACGAUAAGGCUUUUUCUUUUUUUACCCUGCCUUCUCAGACCGUUUUCUCUUUUGUCUUUCAGUACUAAUUAUGACCAUUCCUUCCACAGAUCCUGAUAAGUAGAAGAGUCUUCAGGUUAAAUUUGGCUGUAGAAUUAAUCCAUCUGUUAGCAAGCAUGUGUGGCCAAGGGGAACAUCCGUAUCAUACUCGAUCUUUUGGUAAACAUAUCUAGUUGGUCUUAGUUUGUACCCCACACCUCUUCCCCCCAUUCCCAGAUUAACAAGCACUGACUGUAACUUAUUGCCCUGUUUCAUGUCUGUCCCUUCCAGUAUGCAAGAGUUUUAGCUAUUUGAGAUUGUGGACCAUCAAUUUUGCACUUUAGAGAGUGACUCAGAUCCACCAUUUUAGUAGAAGUUUGGGUUUUCCUUGCUGUUAGCCUGAAAGUUGAUCAUUUGCCAGUUUUACACAGCACUCUCUUGUUUUGGACCCAUGGAACAGAGUCUAUUUACUGUGCUGCAAAGUGUUGACUUGGCAAAGCUCUCCCGAAAGGGAAAGAGGGGCUCCUGAAGAGUCGAGCCCCCGCUCGCUGUCCCUGGGGCUUUGCCGCCCCACUCACCAGGCCCGGUGGGUUUUGGAUCAGUCUCUGAAUGGGCUUUGGGACUGAAGAAGUGCUUCGCGGCAGCUUUCCGCCUGUGCGCCAGAGCUGCCGGCACCCGUGUGGCGCGGCCGCGCCUUUGCCUUGGUCCGCUUCCUCGCUCGCUUUUACCCUCCCUCGGCUAUCCCUCACCCCUCCCCGUGAUAGAGUCAUAUUUACCGAGCCCUUGUUUUGGCGACUCCACAAGUCAGUAAGUCCAAAGAGAGCAAGUCACCUUAGGUAUGUCUUAUACCAAAUUAAAUUAGAAGAGACGAGAUUAUGCUUUUGUAGUUGCUACAAAGACAAAAAUGAUUAAGAGAUUUGUUGUAAAACAACAAAAGGACAAGACAAGUUAGAGUGAAUAAAGUCACCUGAGGAGUGUAAUGCUUGUUUAUUUUGUGUGUAUAUCUUUGCAAUAUAUUUUCUAUAUAUUGACAGAAUAACUGUGAAAUACUUUCUUAGCCAUGUAGACAGGAGCAUGUGAGCAGGCCAGAGCAUGUGAAGGAAGACUUUGGUAAUGGGUAACUUAAACGCUACUCAGAAAUGAUGAUGGACGGCAAGUCAUGGUGUGUGUGUGUUACCUGCACUUAACUCAAGUCGUAUUAGCUGUUUGCCAGAUUGGCUUGUUCCCUUGUACUUUAACAUUCUUUUCUCGUUGAGUUACAAUGCUGUAACUGGGUGGUCCUUCUUCAGAAAAGUUACUUGCAGAACAGAAGGUAUUAUUUGUUUUUAAAGCUUUUGUAAAUAAAGGCUUCAAAAAAUGUUUUCUUACAUCUA